AAAGAGAUUGAAGUUCUCUAAUCAUCCUCCUCCUUCUCCAAUGGCACAAGAUCCUUCAAAGAACAACAAACAUGGCCACAUAGUAAUGAUACCUUUCAUGGCACAUGGCCAUCUAAUUCCAUUCCUAGCACUAGCAAAACACAUUCUACAAAGAACUAACAAUAACUUCACAAUCACCAUAGCCACUACUCCCCUUAACAUUCAAUACCUCAGAUCAGCACUUUCCUCCUCCUCUUCUUCCACACCAAUUCAUGAUCAUCUUCAACUUUCUGAGCUACCCUUCAAUGGAAUCCAGCAUGGUCUACCACCAAACAUAGAGAACACAGAGAAGCUUCCCUUAACUUCCAUCAUCAAGCUCUUCAAUGCUUCUACAAGCCUUGAUGACCCUCUUCGUUCUUUGAUAUUGAAGAUCACUGAAGAAGAGGGUCACCCUCCACUUUGUGUAAUCUCUGAUGUGUUUCUUGGUUGGGUCACCAAUGUUGCAAAAAGUUGUGGCACCAAGAACAUAUCCUUCUCAACUUGUGGUGCUUAUGGAACUUUGGCUUACAUCUCUAUCUGGACACAUUUUCCUCACAGGAAAACAGAUUCUGAAGAGUUUUGGACACCUGGGUUCCCUGAAAAUUAUAGGUUCAAGCGCUCUCACAUGCAUAGGAUGUUAAGGCUAGCUGAUGGGAAUGAUGAUUGGUCCAAAUUCUUCCCUCCACAGAUUGCACUUUCUAUGAAAUCUGAUGGGUGGAUUUGCUACACAAUUGAGGAGCUUGAGCCUUUUGCCUUGGAUCUUCUGAGGAAGUAUCUUAACCUUCCCGUUUGGAGUGUUUGUCCUCUUCAGAUAAAGGAUUCAAAUUCGAAACAACGAGCAGGGAAAGUUUCUGGCAUAGCUCUUGAAGAAUGCAUUGAGUGGCUGAAUUCCAAGGAUCAAAGUUCUGUUCUUUACAUAUCUUUUGGAUCACAGAACACAAUCAGUGCUUCCCAGAUGAUGGCGUUAGCCGAGGGGUUGGAAAAGAGUGGGAAGCCGUUUAUUUGGGUUAUCCGGCCACCUUUCGGUUAUGACAUGAAUGGAGAGUUCGGCACUCAAUGGUUGCCGGAAGGGUUCGAAGAGAGGAUGAAGGAGAGCAAGAGAGGCUUGUUGGUGCAUAAAUGGGGACCCCAAUUGGAGAUUCUAUCACAUAGUUCAACAGGAGCCUUUUUAAGCCAUUGUGGGCAGAAUUCAAUGUUGGAGAGCCUAAGUUAUGGGGUUCCAAUAAUUGGGUGGCCAUUGGCAGCAGAACAAGCUUACAAUGCUAAGAUGUUAGAGGAAGAAUUGGGUGUGGGUGUUAUACUCACAGCAACAGUUGAAAGUGUUAUUUCAGGGGAGGAAGUGAAGAAUGUCAUUGAAACAGUUAUGGAUCAAGGAGGGAAGGGAAAAGAGAUGAAAGCAAAAGCAAAAGAGAUUGCAGUGCUUAUGAGAGAAGCAACAACAGAGAAUGGAGAAGUGAAAGGUUCUUCACUGAGAUCAUUGGAUGAUUUUAUAACAACUAUUUUGUCAUCCAAGUCUCUGUGAAAUUUGAAUUUGAACAGAUUAUUUACAUGGAACAUUUCUAGUUUUGCACUGCUA